UUUGAAGGCACAUGCUGUGACUCUUCAACAUAGUGUCACCUGAGAAAACAAUCCACACCCCGAUCAGGACCAGGACCAAAUGGCUGCUUCUCAGGAACCAUUGACCUUUAGGGAUGUGGCCAUAGAUUUCUCUCAGGAGGAGUGGGAAUGCCUGGACCCAGGUCAGCAGAAAUUGUACAUGGAUGUGAUGUCAGAGAACUACAGCAACUUGGCCUUCCUGGCUAUGUCAUCUAAAGAUAACCAGGUCCUUAUGCCAAAGCCCGGACUACAAGAUUUAUUACCUGAAAUAAUACUGAGUACACAUAAAGGAGAUUGCACUUAUCAAUGGAUUGAACACUGGAAAAAUUUUAAGCAAGAGUCUUAUCUUAAUCAUCGGACAAGUGAGCUUGCAGAAGACCAUUUUAAAGGUGGAAAUGCCUUUGACCAAAUGUCCAGUCACAAUAUACAUCAGGUUAUUCCUAUUGUGGAGAAGACACACAAAGGAAGUAAAUGUGUCCAGUCUUUUCAGCAGUCUUCAAAUUACAGUGAACAAGACAAUAUUCAUACUGGGGAAAAGGCUUACAAAUGGAAUCCUUUUGGUAGAAUCUCCAGUCAAGUAGUCAAUCUAAAUAAAAUGAAAAAAAACCAUAGUGGAGAAAAACCGUAUAAAUGUAAAGAUUCUGGUAAAACAUUUAAUUGGCUGUCAGGUUGCACUGUAAAUCAGAGAAUUGAUACUGGAGAGAAGCCUUCCAAAUGUACAGAAUGUGGCAAAGCCUUUAGCCAGUCCUCACACCUUAUUUAUCCUCAGAAAGAUCACACUGGUGAGAAGCCAUAUAAAUGUGGAAAGUGUGGCAAAGCCUUUAGGAAUUCCUCAUUCCUUACUUAUCAGAGAGUUCACAUUGGAGAGAAGCCUUAUAAAUGUAUAGAAUGUGGCAAAGCCUUUGGCAGCUCUUCAGUCCUUAGUAGACAUCAGAGAGUUCAUACUGAAGAGAAGCCUUAUAAAUGUACAGAAUGUGGCAAAGCCUUUCGUAGUUCCUCAAACCUUACUACGCAUCAGAAAGUUCAUACUGGAGAGAAGCCUUAUAAAUGUACAGAAUGUGGCAAAGCCUUUGGCAGCUCUUCAGUCCUUACUAAGCAUCAGAGAGUUCAUACUGGAGAGAAGCCUUAUAAAUGUAGAGAAUGUGGCAAAGCCUUUGGUAGAUACUCACACCUUAUUACGCAUCAGAGAGUUCAUACUGGAGAGAAGCCUUAUAAAUGUGGAAAUUGUGGCAAAGUCUUUGGCACGUCCUCAGGCCUUACUAGGCAUCAGACAGUUCAUACUAGAGAGAAGCCCUAUAAAUGUACAGAAUGUGGCACAAAUUUUGGUAGCGCCUCAGUCCUUACUAAUCAUCAGAGAGUUCACACUGGAGAGAAGCCUUAUAAGUGUAGAGACUGUGGCAAAGCCUUUAGUUGGUCCUCAAACCUUAUUUAUCAUCAGAGAAUUCACACUGGAGAGAAGUCUUAUAAGUGUAGAGAAUGUGGCAAAGGAUUCAUUACGGCAUCAUCCCUUAAUUGUCAUCAGAGAGUUCAUACUGGAGAGAAGCCUUAUAAAUGUAGAGAAUGUGGCAAAGCCUUUAGCAGGUCCUCACUUCUUAUUUAUCAUCAGCGAGGUCAUACUGGAGACAAGCCAUAUAAAUGUGGAAAGUGUGGCAAAGCCUUUAGGAAAUCCUCAGACCUUACAUAUCAUCAGACAAUUCACACUGGAGAGAAGCCUUAUAAAUGUGGAGAAUGUGGCAAAGCUUUUGGCAGCUCUUCAGUCCUUACAAAGCAUCAGAGAGUUCAUACUGGAGAGAAGCCUUAUAAAUGUACAGAAUGUGGCAAAGCCUUUGGCCGCAAUUCAGUCCUUACUAAGCAUCAGAGAGUUCAUACUGGAGAGAAGCCUUAUAAAUGUACAGAAUGUGGCAAAGCCUUUAGCCAGUCCUCAUCCCUUACUAGACAUCAGAGAGUUCACACUGGAGAGAAACCUUAUAAAUGUAGAGAAUGUGGCAAAGCCUUUGGUAGAUCCUCACACCUUAUUAUGCAUCAGAGAGUUCAUACUGGAGAGAAGCCUUAUAAAUGUACAGAAUGUGGCAAAGCAUUCAGGGACUCCUCACAGCUUUAUCGACAUCAGAGAGUUCAUACUGGAGAGAAGCCUUAUAAAUGUACAGAAUGUGGCAAAGCAUUCAGAGACUCCUCACAUCUUAAUCGACAUCAGAGUAUUCAUACUGGAGAGAAGCCUUAUAAAUGUACAAAAUGUGGCAAAGCAUUCAGGGUCUUCUCACAGCUUGAUCAACAUCAGAACGUUCAUACUGGAGAGAAGCCUUAUAAAUGUGGAGAAUGUGGCAAAGCCUUUGGCAGCUCUUCACUUCUUACUAAACAUCGGAGAGUUCAUACUGGAGAGAAGCCUUAUAAAUGUACAGAAUGUGGCAAAGCCUUUAGCCAUUCCUCAGACCUUACUGGUCAUCAGAGAGUUCACAUUGGAGAGAAACCUUAUAAAUGUAGAGAAUGUGGCAAAGCCUUUGGUAGAUCCUCACACCUUAUUAUGCAUCAGAGAGUUCAUACUGGAGAGAAGCCUUAUAAAUGUACAGAAUGUGGCAAAGCAUUCAGGGACUCCUCACAGCUUUAUCGACAUCAGAGAGUUCAUACUGGAGAGAAGCCUUAUAAAUGUACAAAAUGUGGCAAAGCAUUCAGGGUCUCCUCACAGCUUAAUCGACAUCACAAAGUUCAUACUGGAGAGAAGCCUUAUAAAUGUAAAAAAUGUGGCAAAGCCUUUAGGCAUUCUUCAUCCCUCACUUAUCAUCAGAGAGUUCAUACUUGAGAGAAGUCUUACAGAUGUGAGGAGUGUUGGAAGUGUUUACCAGGGAGAAGUUAAUGAAUAUCACAAAAUUCGUACUGGGAUGAAGCCAAAUAAAUGUGCAAAAUAUAAAAACGCCUUUCCGGGCUAUUUAGAUAUUACUGUACAUGAGAGUCUUUCCUACUAAAGAGAGUCCUUACAAACUUAGGAAAUGGGCUGGAGCAUUGACCCUCAAAUCAAAGUUUACCGAGCAUCAUUGAUUUUAUAGUGGAGGAAAGCCUAUACUGUAGAAAAUGUGAGAGAGCCUUUAAGUUGUAGUCAAACUUAGGCAACAUUUUAAGAAUCAUUCUAAAGAAAAACAAGUAAUCAGAGUAUUUGGCCAAAGAUUUAACCAUAGGUUUAAUCUUCAUAGAGAAUGAUAAAAUUAGGCCUUAUAAAUUAUGAGGCAUAUGUCCAAGUGUAUGUAUCUCAUAGAGCAUCUGAUAAUUAUUACUGGAUAGAAGCCCAGCAGAUAUAAAGAAUUUCUGAAAGCUUAUUCAGUAUGCAAAACUUAGUUGAAACCAGUAUUCAUACUGGAGAGAAACAAUACAAAUGUAAACGUCCUGAAGUCUUUAAUCAGACCAUUAUAAACUUUGUAAUAAAAAUAGAUACAGAGGCAGAGCUGUCUUGAACAGA